AUGGUGCGAGCCAAAUCCUCAACUGCAUCAUUUUAUGAUGCCCCCGUCUCCGGAGGAUCUCUAGGCGCAGUCGCCGGAACAUUGACUUUUAUGCUUGGUUGUGCAGAGGACGACCCAAAUUUCCCUUUGUUAAACGAUCUGCUAGGUGCGAUGGGCAAGUCUAUUUUUGCGUGCGGAGGCUUUUCUCUGGGAUUGACUGCCAAGUUAUGCAAUAACUAUUGCUCUGGACUUAUUGCCGUUGCCACGGCUGAAGCAAUGAAUAUCGGAAUUAGAUCUGGAAUGGACCCAACUCUCUUGUCAAAAAUAUUUUCCACAAGCACCGCUCAAAGCACCAUAAAUGACAAAUGGAACCCGGUCCCAGGGGUCUGCCCCAGUGCUCCCACCAACAAAGAUUACCAAGGGGGGUUUAAAGUGCAAUUGAUGAGGAAGGACUUUCAAUUGGCUGUUGAUACAGCAAAGCGAGUUGAUGCACGGCUCUUUCUAGCAGCCGCGGGGCUAGACAUCUAUCAGAAGGCUAGCGAGCACGACAAAUGUCGAGACCGAGAUUCGAGAGUUGUCUUCCGAUACAUUGGGGGUAAUGAGAAUUGGAAAGAGCAGUUGAAAUCAAGGAAAACUUGA